AUGUAUAAAGCGCUGGUUUUAUGUAGUUCAAGUUUGUCGAAAGAGACAUUGGAGAAGCAUAAGUCAUCGCUGAGGAGUUUGAUAGGACAGUUCAUGGUAACCCCGAUUGCAGUUCUACCCGCCAUGCUAAUAGUAUCAACUAUAGUUUUCCCAUUCGAUGGAGCACAAGUUUUCACUUGGUUCAUGCUUAUGAUAAUGACCACUCACUCUACUAUCAACUGUCUCGUCUUGAUAUUCACAAUUCCCAAAUUCAGAACAAUUAUUCUAUUCUGGACUGAGGAAGGCAAGAAGUUGAGGCGAAUCAGGAUGGAGAGUCGAUCUGUGUCUUUUAUGGGAAACCGAGCGACUAGGAAUUCAUUCAGGAACUCGAUGUCUUGA